CCUCAUCUAGGCAUUCCUUACUUGGUUCUGAAGUGUAGAGGCUCAGCCUGGGGCCCAGAUGGCCUCUGACUGUCCCCAGAGCAUGGCAGAGCCUCCGCCUGGGGGCCCCCCACACUGCCCCCUCCCCGAGCGCAUACCUUGCCCACAGCCGAGCAGCUGGGAGGCUAUUUAUAAAGGCAAGUGAGAUCAGCAGCCGAGGCUAUAAAUGUGUGGGCCACGCCAGGGCCCCACAGGAGUGGCCCAGGCGCUGGAGCUGUGGGCCGUGAGGCCAGGAUGAGCACCAGCACGGGGGGCGGUGGCGGUGGCGACAGUGGUGGCAGCAGCAGCAGCAGCAGCAGCUCACAGGCCUCCUGUGGGCCUGAGUCCUCAGGCUCCGAGCUGGCCUCAGCCAUGCCAGCGCCACAGAUGCUGCCGGGGUUGCUGGGCUCUGACGACGAGGAGCAGGAAGACCCCAAGGACUACUGCAAGGGUGGCUACUACCCAGUGAAGAUUGGUGACCUGUUCAAUGGGCGCUACCAUGUGGUGCGCAAGCUGGGCUGGGGCCACUUCUCCACCGUGUGGCUCUGUUGGGACAUCCAGCGCAAGCGCUUUGUGGCCCUGAAGGUGGUGAAGAGCGCAGGGCACUACACGGAAACAGCUGUGGAUGAGAUCAAGCUCCUGAAAUGCGUUCGAGACAGCGACCCCAGUGACCCCAAAAGGGAGACCAUUGUCCAGCUCAUAGAUGACUUCCGGAUCUCAGGGGUCAAUGGAGUCCAUGUGUGCAUGGUGCUGGAGGUCCUGGGCCACCAGCUUCUCAAGUGGAUCAUCAAGUCCAACUACCAGGGCUUGCCUGUGCCCUGCGUGAAGAGCAUCGUGAGGCAGGUGCUGCACGGCCUGGACUACCUGCACACCAAGUGCAAGAUCAUCCACACGGACAUCAAGCCUGAGAACAUCCUGCUGUGCGUGGGCGACACCUACAUCAGACGCCUGGCAGCUGAAGCCACCGAGUGGCAGCAGUCAGGGGCCCCGCCACCAUCCCGCUCCACAGUCAGCACUGCCCCCCAGGAGGUCCUGACCGGGAAACUGUCAAAAAACAAGCGGAAGAAGAUGAGGCGCAAAAGGAAGCAGCAGAAGCGGCUGCUGGAGGAGCGGCUGCGGGACCUGCAGCGGCUGGAGGCCAUGGAGGCAGCAGGACACGCAGAGGGUGAGGGGCCAGUGAGGUGCCACACUGCCAGUGGGCACACGCACCACCCGCUGCUCACACGGGCUUCUGCCCCAACCCCAGACCUGGGCUCAAGACUUGAGGGAGGCAGCGGCUCCACCUCCUCCUCGGGCUGCCACCCUGGCGGUGCCCGAGCCAGCACCUCUCCGGGCUCCUCCUCCCCGCUUCCCGGGGGCCAGCGCAGCCUCAGCCCCAGCUCGCAGACGUCGGGCUUCUCAGGCUCCCUGUUCUCCGCGGCCUCCUGCUCCAUCCUCUCGGGCUCCUCCAACCAGCGAGAGACAGGGGGCCUCCUGUCACCCAGUGCACCCUUCGGUGCCUCGAACCUCCUAGUGAACCCCCUGGAGCCCCAGAACGCAGACAAGAUCAAGGUCAAGAUCGCAGACCUGGGCAACGCCUGCUGGGUGCACAAGCACUUCACGGAAGACAUCCAGACACGGCAGUACCGGGCCGUGGAGGUGCUGAUUGGCGCAGAGUACGGGCCCCCGGCAGACAUCUGGAGCACGGCCUGCAUGGCCUUCGAGCUGGCUACUGGUGACUACCUGUUUGAGCCCCACUCUGGAGAAGACUACAGCCGGGACGAGGACCACAUUGCACACAUCGUGGAGCUCCUGGGGGACAUCCCCCCGGCCUUUGCACUUUCUGGACGCUACUCUCGGGAGUUCUUCAACCGCAGAGGAGAGCUGCGGCACAUCCACAACCUCAAGCACUGGGGCCUGUACGAGGUGCUCAUAGAGAAGUAUGAGUGGCCGCUGGAGCAGGCCACACAGUUCAGCGCCUUCCUGCUCCCCAUGAUGGAGUACCUGCCCGAGAAGCGCGCCAGUGCCGCCGCCUGCCUGCAGCACCCAUGGCUCAACCCCUAGGCCGGCUGCCGGCCUCGGGCACAUGCUCUGCCCACCGGGGGCCUCUGGGUGGGCCUGUGCCCAGGAAAGCGCGCAUCUCUCAAUAAAACGUGCACUGAACACUGGGCUCCAGGA